GCCGCCGCCCCACGCAUGCUCGCCGCCGCCCAGCCCGCCGCGCCGGAGCGGAGCGGAGCGGGACGGGACGGCACGGGACGGGACGCGCCACCGCCGCAGGGGUGCCAGCGCCACGUCCUCACGGCUGGAGAAGCCGCAGCACCGCCUGAAUCUCGCUGCCCGUUCGCCCGAGCUUGGAGGAAGGCUGGCUUUUGCGCCCCUCCAGGCCCCACAGCAGGACUAGCAUGGGAGAGGCCUUCCCCGGGCAUGGGCAGCGCUAAGGAGCCGCGGAGCCUGCAGCUGCUGGGCCGUGCGGCCACCGCCGAGGAGGGCUGCCAGGCCGGCGCCCCGGGCUGCCCGCCGGCAGGUGACUGCGUGCCCGACGCCCGCUGCACCGCGGGGGGCCGUGCCAUGAGGAACUGCUGCGCUGCCGAGCUGGAGGCCCAGGGCCCCGGGGAGAAGGCGCCGGCGGGAAUGGCUCCUGGCGCGCUCCUCCCAGACACCGGCAUGGAGAUGCAGGCACAGAACCUGGCUGCUGCGGGGAGCUGCGGGGCGCAGCACGGCGGGGCCGGCGGCCAGGCAGAGAAAGCGGCCCCCGAGCCCUGCCUCAAGGCGCCCGGCAAGGACGUGGGCAGCACGCCGGCUCCCACCAAGCACGUGGCAUUUCGGGAGCCCGAUGGAGGAGCUGAGCCGCCCACCUGUGCCCUGAUGCAUGGCCAGGAGCAGUCCCACAGCGAGGGCCCCCCACCAGGCAGCAUGUCCCCGACCACCUCGCCGGACCCCCCUGGCACCACGGGGAGCAAGGCAGGAGCCCUGGCCCAGGGCAGAGCGGAGGGGAGCCCGGCCCAGGGGCCCGGCGCGGAGAACGGCCAGCAGCCCCGGACAGCGAAGCUGCUGUGCGAGAGCUACUCAUUCGAGGUGACCCCCCCUGAGGACGCCGGGACACAGGACAUGGGGACGCAAGUGGACAGCCGAGUGUCCCUGGUGUCGGUGGCCUUGAGCCCCAUGAGCCCCCCAGACGGGGCUGGCGCGUUCACCUUCCCCAAGAGAGAGCCAGGCUCCUCUGCCCCGCAGCCGGUGCCCCCCAAGAAGGACGCGGAGAUGCAGGUGUCCAUGCCUGUGGAGACCCGCUCGGUGGCCACGGGGCCCAUGACGCCAGUGGCUAAGUCCCCGCAGACCUCGUACCCCGAGGUGCACGUGAAGGGGGCCGUGGAGGAGGCUCCAGAGCCCAUCCGGGAGGUGAGCUGGGACGAGAAGGGGAUGACGUGGGAGGUGUACGGGGCCUCCAUGGAGGUGGAGGUGCUGGGCAUGGCCAUCCAGAAGCACCUGGAGAAGCAGAUCGAGGAGCACGGGCGGCAGCUGGUGACACCGCAGAGCACCCGGGCCAGCUCCGUCAAGGGGGCCCCCCGCAAAGGCGAGGCGAAGAGGCAGCCCAGUGUCUUUCGGGCCCUGCUGCAGAACGUCCGGCGGCCUCGGUGCUGCUCCCGCGCUGGCCCCGCCACGGAGUGAGCCGGCUCCCGCGCUGCCGGGAGAAGGGUGCCGCAGGGUUUCUCGGGCAACGUGGGGCGUCCAGAGACGCAGGGGGCUCCCUGACCGGGGGCUGCUGCGCUGCCUGGGUCACCCGCCACCGGGCUGGCAGCCCCCGGCAUCCGCUCACCGGGCUUUGCCAUCCCGAGAUGCCUGCGGCCAGCGUGCGCACCUCCUGGGGUGCCGGAGCGCUGCCCGCUGGGACGAGGCGUCUCCGCCACCGCGAGAGGGGAGCAGCCUGGGGUGCCCCUCGGCCUGGCUCCACAGGGGGAUCCGGCUGCCUGGGGCAUGGGACUGGAGGCACCCUGGGAGCCAAACCUGCUCUCUCCCCGGCACUGCGCAGGGGACGGAGCCGGGCGGCGUUCCUCAGUGCACAAGGAAGCACCCGGCUCCUUCCAGCCAGGGGAGGGCUGCUCCUGGGACAUGUCUCCUGCCUCCAGCACAGGUCCAGCAAUGGCUUAGGGUGGGGAAGGGGCAGGUCGCUGCUGUCUCCCUGCAGCUUUGACUUUGCUCACACCCUGGGCAGGAGCUUUGCUCCCCGGUCUGGAGGGAUGCUGGCGCCUCAUGGUACUGCGGGGGCCGGUGGGCACUGCCAGCUCUGCUGCACCCGCGCAUGGCUCAGCUGUGCUCUGCCGAGCGCCCUGGCUUCCUCCGGGUGCUCCAGCCCUCUCGGGCCUGCGGCUGCACACACGCAGGUCCCCGGGGCGCUGCCAUCUCAUCCAGCCCCAUUGCAGCCCCAUGCACUCUGCCUGGACAUUGCACCUUGCUGUCAUGCCAUCCCUGAGCUGCGGGUGCCCAGGGCUGGAGGACGUGGCCCUGCAGCACCAGGCGAGGCAUGGGGCAGCCCGGGCAGCCCUCUGAGCCAGGUUUGCUGGAGGGAUCGUGGGGCCACCCGUGACUGCAGUGAGAGCUCACAUGGGAGCAUGCUGGGGCUGUCCCCACGGCCCCCUGCCUGGGGACCUGUCCGUGUGUCCCGGCUGCAUGCAGCGCCCAGGGCAGGUCCUCGUUGUGGCUGGCGGUGGGGAUGGAGCCUGCGCUGCCGGCCGUGUGCCAGAGGCCCUGCGUGGAGGCACAUGCCUGUCCUGCCUCCUGGGCCCAGGUGUCACGGCCGGGAGCCCCAUCGCCCAAGCCGCCCUGCGCGCCUGGAGAGGCAGCACCGUGCUGUGACCGCGUGUCCCUCUGCAAGUCCGUCCUGCCCAGCUCACUGCUCUCCCGGGAUGGGAGCUGGGCCGCGUUGGCUGCAAAAUGCUGCCAAUUUUUACAGCUGGGGUUUUACAGGGAAGGGGGGUCGGGGGUGGGCUUUUAUUGAACCGUGUUUGCAUUUUUGGAGCUUUUUAAGAGACACUUUCAGCUGUGCGUGUCUUGCCCAGAGCCACCUCCUCCCUUGGCACCUCUCUGGAAACGCUUUUCCUCUGUUCCCUGUGCCCUGCCAGGUUGGCACAGCACAGGGAGCACAGGGCUGGCCAUGGGGCGGACAGGCGGGCGAGCGUCCCCGCUUCCAGCGCCGCCCUGGCGUUCCUGCCCGGAGCACGACCCAGCCCCCUCCUUCCUUCCUGCAGCCUGGCCUGCGUGGAGGAUGGCCCCAGGGAGCCGGAGUACGUGUGCGGGCCCAGGAGGGAGCCCCUUGUCCCCUCACCAAAGGGUGACCCAGCACCGGGAGCUGCCAGCUCCAGCGGGGCGUGCAGGAUCGGGGGGCUGCCGAUGUGGUGUGGGGUUGGCUGUACCUGCGGGGAGUGCCGUACGCGGUGCGCGGCUCCCAGCACGCCCUGGCAGGAUGCAACCCCAGGGCUGCAGGAGGCUGCAGAGGGAGGUGCUGGGGGCUGCCCCACCUACUGCAGGCAGAGCGGUGCAGGAGGGCCUGGGGCAGCCACUUCCCCUGGGUGGGGUUGGUCCCCAAACUCACAGCGUACAUCUCGGGCUGGUGUUGGGCUGGAGGAGCCAGCGCGGGCCAUGUCUCGCCCUGGGGAGGGCUAUGAGGCUCCCUUAAGCAGCAGCCAGGGCCGCUGUGGCCGUGCUGCCGUGCCCCGCAGGAGCCAGCCCAUCCCCGUGCCUUGCGGCUGUGGGUGCUGCACCCGCAGGGGAAAGGCCAGGAACACGGUGCCCUGGCCCAAGGGGCUGGGGCUGUCCCCCCGCUGCCCCGUGCUGGCCUGUCCUCUCCCUCCGGGCCCUGCGCUGGCUGGUGUGGUGCCAAGCCACGGCACACAGGCACGAUGAAUUCAUCACCUACUUUCUUCUUUUUCCUCUUCUUUUCUUUUUUCUGGUUGGGGGGGGGGAGGGUGAUGGUGGGAUGGCUAAACUUGUCAGUUUGGAUGUUGGGUAAUAAAACCUUGCACAAAAUCUCUG